GGCCACUUCGUCGACCAGCUGCUGUUCCUCCACUCCUGGCGGUGGACCGUCUUGCACGAUCACCGCGGCCCGCUCCUCCGAAACGGCAAAGAACGUCUCUGUCACGACGAUCAAUGUACCCCCUAAUCAGGACAUGCACGAUGGCAAGGGUAUAUGCAAGUAUCUUGGCGGGCAGAAUGGCGUGACGGUAUCGGUGGUGUCGAGCUGUGGCUCCAUACUGGGAUGUGGAAACGCGAACGUUGUGUCUACCACGGGGAUAGGCAGUAGCACCGGCACACAGAGUAUCGGCAUCGGAGUGAACAUCCUUGACCAGAGCACGGCGGAUGAUGACGCGGAGGAUAGCGACGUUGAGAUAAGCAAAAUCGACUUCCGAGGGGUGAAUUUGCGUACGAAGAAGAAGCGAGACGUGUCUGGUAGUCAGAGUCAAAGCGGGGAGAAAAUCGGCGAUGAAGAGGUCGAGGAUGGAAACGGUUGUUACGAUGGAAGCGACGCGUCUCAGCAACAACCGGAGAGGCCCAUGUCGUGGGAGGGAGAACUAUCCGAUCAAGAAAUGUCUUCCAAUACGAUUACAAAUCAAGAUACACACGAGGACACGUCAAUGGAGGGUGUUCAAGUAUGUGGCGCGAGUCCCGGGCCAAUGGAACAAAAAUUUCCCAUAAAACCAGAGCCAGAUUUUCAGUCCAACCCAGGUUUCACGUUUGGCUCUUUUCACGACACCGGAUUACCUCUGAAUCACGGCCAGCAAAUACAACAACAGCAACAACAGCGCAACAUCGAGAAUCUUGAACAGACACAACAAAACGAUUUGCCUCUUCUCGUAGGAAAAUUACUUGGUGGUUACAAUAGUUCGACACCGAAUCACAGUCCAGUGUUGAAUCCUAGACACCAUUUAACAAAGCAUAGCCACACGAGAUCGCAGGUGCCGUCACCGGACUCGGCCAUUCAUUCCGCGUACAGCGUAUUCAGCUCCCCGACGCAAAGUCCUCACGCAGCUCGCCACUCCCCCCUGGGCGCGGCAAGUCCAGUUCCAUCUUCGUCGCUAUCCUUGUCGCGACACAGUUUCAACAAUUCCACUUCCUCGUUGUCGCUCUCGUUGUCACACUCCCUCUCGAGAAACAAUUCGGACGCCUCGAGCAGCUGCUACAGCUACGGCUCUCUCAGCCCACCCACACACUCGCCCGUCCAGCAACCGAGACAUCCGCAACAUCACCAGCAUCAAGUUGCUCAAGGAAGCCCGCUUCAUCUGCCAGCAACCGCUUCUUCCGCCAUUACUCAUCACUACGCUUCCUCUGCACCGGGUUCUGAGCUAUCUCCAGAAGGACACGCUGCUACAGACGAUCAGGAAGACUGUAGAAUACCCUCGGCACCGUCUGGUAUAUCCACGAGGCAGCAACUAAUUAAUACCCCGUGUCCAAUUUGCGGGGAUAAGAUCAGUGGUUUUCAUUAUGGAAUAUUCUCGUGCGAGUCGUGCAAGGGAUUUUUCAAACGCACCGUCCAGAAUCGAAAGAAUUAUGUGUGCCUUAGAGGCGCGGGCUGUCCAGUCACCGUUGUUACCAGGAAAAAAUGCCCCGCCUGCAGAUUCGAGAAGUGCCUCAGUAUGGGUAUGAAGCUCGAGGCGAUUAGGGAGGAUCGCACCAGGGGUGGCAGAAGCACCUAUCAAUGUACAUAUACCUUUCCACCAAAUUUUGUCGGUAGUCCUGCAAGUAACAUGUCCAGCGACAAAUUAGCUACCGGAGGAAAUUGUAGCCCAGCUCCAGCUGGUAACGAACAUCACUAUCCGGCAAGGCACCAUUCGAAUCACUCCCAUAAGAUGCAAGUGGUACCGCAACUUCUACAGGAUAUCAUGGACGUAGAGCACUUGUGGCAUUACAACGAUAACGAUCGUAUGACUGGGAUUCAAAACGCAGGAACGAAUCUUACUAGAAACAACGAUUCGAUGUUAUUGAGUGUUAGAAGCAACGGAGGAUCUGGAAUAGAGAACGACACGGGCUCAGGUAUUGAGUGUUCCUCCAAUAGAACUACAGGAAAUGGUAAUCCUAGUAAUAGAAGAGACAACAGAUCAUGCUCCAAUGUUUCUAACGUUGGUAACGAACAGCACGCUGCAUCCGUUGGUAACAGUUCUCAAAUCAACAAUACGAAUUGCAAUCCAACUCAACAUCCUGAUUUUCUGUCGAACCUCUGCAAUAUCGCUGAUCAUCGACUCUACAAAAUAGUGAAGUGGUGCAAGAGUUUGCCGUUGUUUAAGAACAUUUCGAUCGAUGAUCAGAUCUGUCUGUUGAUUAAUUCUUGGUGCGAGCUACUGCUCUUCUCAUGCUGCUUUCGCAGUAUGAGCACUCCCGGUGAAAUUAGAGUGUCUCUCGGUAAGUCGAUUACACUGGAACAAGCUAGGCAGCUUGGCUUAGCGACCUGCAUCGAGAGGAUGCUUGCAUUUACUAACAAUUUGAGAAGGCUCCGAGUAGAUCAGUACGAAUACGUGGCGAUGAAGGUAAUAGUACUAUUGACCUCUGAUACGAGUGAACUGAAAGAACCAGAAAAAGUUAGAGCAUCUCAAGAAAAGGCUUUACAAGCAUUGCAACAAUAUACUAUCGCAAGGUACCCUGAAAUGCCUGCUAAGUUUGGUGAAUUAUUAUUGAGAAUUCCAGAUUUACAAAGAACAUGCCAAGCGGGAAAGGAAUUAUUAAGUGCUAAACGUGCUGAAGGAGAAGGCAGCUCGUUUAAUCUGUUGAUGGAAUUGUUGAGAGGAGAUCACUGAAUUAUUAUUACCACAUUGAACAAUGCCCUUACAACUCGUAACAACUCGCCAACUCAACUCUCCAUUUCUCACAAUUCCACUCUUCACAACUCGACUCUCAACUCGCGACUCUUCGACUCGACUCUCAACUCACGACUCACCAACUCGACUCUUCGCCACUCGACUCUUCGCCACUCGACUCUACUCGACAAGUAACAAUUCCCUGGCCCUUUUGGCCUAACGGCACUUGGACUUUCUCGCAAUAUCGUUUAUGGUUCAUCCGAUAUUUCUUAGGCCAUUUGUCCACGUUACCACUAUUUCUGUGUUCAUACACAUGGUCAUACAUUGUCCGAUCUUGCAAAACUGCUGAUUAUUAUCUGAUUAACUUUUCUUUUCUCUUUUUUUUUUCUUUUUUUUUCCUUGUUACAUCGUACUAUCACAAAUAGCUAAGAAAUUGUACAAACUAUUAAUCCUUUGCACUCCGAAUUUUAUUUCAAUUUCGUUAUCCAGCAGCUGCCAACGUUUUUAGGCGUUUUAUUUGAAAUUUACUUUAACUAAAAAA